UUGUAACUUGUAAGGAUUGGAUUUAAUUACAACUGUUCAUCAGUGUCGCAGUGAGGUUGUUCAUCUCAAUUUAGAAAAAGCUCUCAGCCUAACAACGCGUUCGAUGAAUUGUCACAAUGACAAGUAGACGAAAGCAUCCAAUCUUUGGCCAACUAUUAUCAAACCCAUUUGCACCCCACCACAACACACUGACAAAACACCAGUGUUUUCCCUCAAUCUCAUGGAAAAGACUGUUUUACCCCGAUAUCUUGAUCCUUUUAAGCUAAAUUCCUAUACCCAUUUUCGGUAUUUCUUGAAUGCUUGUGUAUCUAGAAUAUCGGUAAAUUAAAUAAAGCCGAAUCAAAGCUUGUAGUUAUAAUAUUCCAGCUCCUUGUAGGGCCAAGGUAAAAUUUCCAUUUUUCUGUAGAUCACUUGAUUUAUUUUUCUAUAUAUUGCAGUGUGGAUGAUGUUUAAUUAAAUCAAGAAUGUUCAAUCAUUGUCAUGCAUGGUGGAUGUUCAAGAAAACGGAGAUCCAAUGCCCACACCCUUUGACAUGAUGCAUGCUAAGAAAAAAGAGCUCAUGAGUAAUGCCAUGAGGAGAACUACUGAAUGGAUUUCCUCCCAGGAAAUCCCUAGUGAUGUUACAAUCAACGUAAGAGGCAUUUCUUUUUCAUUACACAAGUUUCCAUUAGUGUCGAAAUGUGGUUACAUGAGGAAACUUAUGUCAAACUUUAAAGAGAGUGAUCACAUAAUCGAAAUCAAUGAUAUCCCAGGUGGGCCCCAAGGAUUCGAACUCGGAGCAAAGUUUUGUUAUGGAAUAAACUUCGAACUAACAAUUCAAAACAUUGCAAUGGCAAGAUGUGUGGCUGAGUUUCUUGAAAUGACAGAAAACUAUGCAAUUGGAAACUUAAUAGCAAGAACCGAGGCAUAUAUAAACGAAGUGGGACUUAAAUCAUUGACUUCUGCUGUUUCCAUUUUACAAUCAUCGGAAACUUUCUUGCCAAUUUCUGAAAAUAUCAAACUUGUCACACGUUGUGUAGAUAGUAUCGCGUUCAUAGUCAUGAAAGAAUGCGAGUUCUCUAUGUCAGCAAGUGGAGGAUGUAGUAGUGAUGGAUUGGAUUCUUCAUCUUCUUCAUUUUGUCAUCUAAAAGUUGUUGAUUGGUGGGCUGAAGAUUUGAUUGUUCUAAAAAUUCAUACCUUUCAAAGGGUUCUUCUUGCAAUGAUUUCAAGGGGUUUCAAUAAGUGUGCAUUUGGUCCGAUUCUAACACUUUAUGCCCAAAAGUGUCUCCAAGAUUUGGAGAUAUUACGAAAGGGCAAGAACAAAAGUGACCCAAAUCAAGAAAACGAGAAAAGGGUAGUUUUGGAAACAAUAGUUAGUCUCUUACCAAGAGAAAAAAAUGCCAUUUCAGUCAAUUUCCUUUCAACGCUACUUCGAUCUUCAAUACACCUUGAAACAACAAUGGCAUGUAGGCUUGAUUUGGAGAAAAGAAUAGGGUUACAACUUGAACAAGCUGUAUUGGAUGACAUAUUGAUUCCUUCUUUUCGGUUUGAUGGUGACACAUUGUUUGAUGUUGACACUGUGCAACGAAUCUUGAUGAAUUAUAAUGAUAUUGAGAGUACUUGUGAUGAUAUUCAGAAGAUUAGGAAGCUCAUGGAGAGUUAUUUUGCUGAAAUUGCUUCGGAUUGUAACUUUUCGGUGUCAAAAUUUGUAAAUCUUGUUGAAUGUUUACCGAAGCAAGAAAGGGGAAUGGAGGAUGGAAUCUAUAGAGCUAUUGAUAUUUACUUGAAGGCUCACCCGGCUUUAGGUGAUAACGAAAGAAAGAAGCUUUGCAAUUCGAUAAACUUUCAAAACCUAACCCCCGAAACGCUUGCCCAUGCUGCCCGAAAUGACCGGCUUUCUGCUGAAACGGUAGUUCAAGUUCUUUACCAUGAACAACAACGGUUAGAAGAUAAGAAAGAGGAUGAUGGAUCCGGAGUACUAAACCCAUUACCAGAUGAUCUUUCAAGUUUAGAAAAAGAAAAUCAAGAUUUGAAAUUUGAGCUCUUGAAAGUGAAAAUGAAAUUAAAAGAGAUGAAGAUAUCAAAUUCUGAUAAGUCACCAUUGAUUCGAAGAUCAUUCAUGAACACCAUAUCGAAAAAGCUUGUGAAAUUUACUCCGUUUUUGAGGGCUGAUCAUGGGGUUUCACCUUCUGUUAGUAGAAGUACGAAUAAGUUAAGUAAAGACAGAAGGCAUUCUAUUUCUUGAAAAUCUUGCUAUAUAUACAUAUAAGUUGAUUGUAAAUUUUGUAUAAUGUUGGAAUAUAUGAAAUAAAAAGUAUGAUUAAGUAA